AUGGAUAUCAAUUUUCAAGCAAAACCCGUCUCCCCAAUACCUCUCUUUGUUGUUUCUCUGUUGAUCUUUUUCUUAAUGCCUUCAACCUCUGCCCAAAACACCACUGCAUACGAUGUCCUUCAACAGUACAACUUCCCAAUUGGGAUUCUUCCCAAAGACGCGGUUGGCUACAAAUUGGACAACUCCACCGGCAAAUUCGAAGUGUACCUAAAUAAUACUUGCUCAUUUAAAAUUCAAUCUCACAAGCUGAAGUAUAAGUCCACCAUAUCGGGUGACAUCACGGAGGACAAGAUCUCCAACUUAGAUGGAGUUCAAACGAAGGUGCUUUUUCUAUGGGUAAAAAUUAGGUCAGUCACUCGCCAAGACAACGAGCUCCAAUUCUCAGUUGGAGUUGCUUCUGCACAUUUUCCUGUCAGUAAUUUCAAUGAAAGCCCGACUUGUUAUAGUGAUUUUGACAAUGUCAAAGGGAUUGGGAAUCAUGUGAACAAGUCCCCUAAUUUUAUUCUAUCUUAA